CGUCAGCGCAUUCCACGUGUGUGGACGGCAAGAAAACCAAAAGACCAAAGAUGCCGGUACACUGUCCCAUUGUGCUGCACACGGUUACGUAAAACGAAAACGCUGCUCAAUUAUUGCACGUGACUGGGAGUCCCUGUCACGUGUAAAAUGUGAUAUAUUGAUGGCUUACGAUUUGGCGUUGACAAAAAAAAGUCACCCUCGUGAAUAUCGGUUAAGAAAUUAGCAAGUUACGACUUAAUUUUAAUGUCAUUCAUUGUAUUCCAUGGGAACAACGACCUUUCCAACAUGGCCGCCAUUGGGCACGUUGAUGAGCCAGACUUCUACAGUGCUAUUGCUUAUCUAAGCUUCAUAUCUAUGGCCAACACUCGUCUCAACCGUAACCACACGCGCUUACACGUGCUGCACUUAAAAAAAAGUCCUGAACUUGUACCAAACGUGCGGAAUCCUCGUCACAGAGCGUAAAGUGCUGCUAUCGUCGUGUGAAAAUGUGUGCAAGAAGGACAGCAGAGUACGCGGAGGAACUUGGUGGACCAAAAGAAAAAAAGGAGCCACAAUGUCAACUAGUGGACGCUGUUUUCAAGCUGCAGCCUCAAACUGUGCAACGCAGAGCAGACAUCACUGAAGAUCUUCUUACUGAGCGGCAGGAGCCAGAGCCCCCUCACAUUAAAGAGGAAGUGGAGGACGAAGAGGUCCACCACAUCAAAGAGGAAGAGGAGCCCAUUUCAAUUGAAAAAGAGGAGGAAGAAACACGCCCCCACAUCAAACGGGAAGAGGAGGCGGAGGAUAUCACCAAGUUUCCAUCGACUGGUGCCUCUCUGAAGAGUGAAGAUGAAGGUCAAAGUGAGGAGAGCAGAGGGGCUGAGCCUCCAAGCAGCAGCUCAAGUCAACACAUGACAACAGAAGGUGAUGGAGACCACUGUGGAGGAUCACAAGCAGACGGACUCUUAGCUCCACUAUCAGAUAGUGACGACAUGACGUCGCACUCUACACACACUGAUGAUGAUGACGAUAAACAGUCUGAAGUUAAUGUGACAUUUCAGACCGACAACAAACGAUGGAAAUGUUCUCAGUGUGGGAAAACAUUUGCUAAUAAGUGUAGUUUGAAACAACACAUGAGAACGCACACUGGUGAGAAACUUUUUUCCUGCUCAGUUUGUGGUCAAAGAUUCUCUAGGAAGGGAAGCUUAAAAAUACACACAAGAUUGCACACAGGUGAGAAACCUUUUUCCUGCUUAGAUUGUGGUGAAAGAUUCUAUAAGAAGGAACACUUAAAAAGACACACACGAACCCAUACUGGUGAGAAACCUUUUUCCUGCUCAGUUUGUGGUCAAGGUUUCUCUGAGAAGGGAAGCUUAAAAAUACACACAAGAAAACACAGCACUGAGAAACCUUUUGCCUGCUUAGUUUGUGGCCAACGAUUUACUCAGAAGGGAAACUUAAAAAUACAUACAAGAACCCACACUGGUGAGAAACCUUUUGCCUGCUCAGUUUGUGGUCAAAGAUUCACUCAGAAGGGAUAUUUAAAAAUACACACAAGAACCCACACUGGUGAGAAACCUUUUUCCUGCUCAGUUUGUGGUCAGAGAUUCUCUGUGAAGGGAAACUUAAAAAAUCACACAAGCACGCACACUAGAGAGAAACCUUUUUCCUGCUCGGUUUGUAGUCAAAGAUUCUCUGCGAAGGGAACGUUAAAAAUACACACAAGAAUGCACACUGGUGAGAAACCUUUUUCCUGCUCAAUUUGUGGCCAAAGAUUCUCUUAUAAGUAUCAGGUUAAGACACACAAGUGUGCUGGUGAGAAUAGCAGUGAUCAAGAUGCUUUUAAUGAAAAUGUAAAUGUUUAAUCUAAAAAGUAACUACUAUGCUACUGACUUACAAACAGCUAUUAUUGCGGGCAAAUGGAGAGAAUUAGCAGUAGUGCCAAAAUACUGUAAAGGGACUAGUUAAAGGUGAGAGAAUGGGCACUUAUUCCAUCGUGCUGGACUCAAAAAUGUCUACUGAAAAAAGUCCUCCAAAAUACAGUCCGUAGUCAUUUUAGAAUCAUUUACUGAUGAAAUAUUUGAUUUUCAACCAGAUUUUUGCCCGCCCACAUUUGGGACUUGUCAGUCUGUCACAGCUUGAUACAUAACAAGCAGGAGCCGAUUGCAUUUCCUCAUUGAACUUCUGUGUUUUCCAGAGUGUAGUUUUUGCCCAUAUUCAAAGUCUGGAUGAAUUUUUUGGACAUUACAUUAUUAUUAACGCAACUCCAAAUACUGAGUGCAAAGUGGCUAAUGUGCGAAUAAAUGUGACUUUUUUUUUUUUUUUUUUUUUGCAUCAGUAACUUGAAAGUUAUGACUAAAGAAAAAAAAAAAGAAGCUUAUUAAAGAAGCAUAAUUUCAUAUAAAAGGACCAGGACAGGACAAUAAUGACCUGUAUAGUUAAAGAUUUACAGUAUGUAGUCUUGUUUUGUGUGUGCACGUCUACAUCUAGAAAGGUUGUUUAUCGAGUUCUUUAAUCUAGCUUUAAUCAUAUUAAACCUAUUUAUCCAACACAAAAUUGGGUCUAGUUAAAAUGCUGAGUAGCUAGUAACUCUGGGCAGCCACUAGCCACAGUGGCUGGUGAGCAAAAAGUUCAUGUCAAGCCCUGGACCUGAUGAAUGGGAAUAUUUACAUUGGCAUGAUGUUUGAUCUUGAAACUAAUGACUAAUUAGUGGCCCAGGGUGCAGAAGAAGGAGGGCGUGCGGAGGCCGAGGCUGCGACCCACCGGAGGGGCGUCACCCGAUCCGGAAGCGACCAAUCAAGACCAUAACAAGCUCUUAUUCAUGCCACCUUUGCUCAACCUUUGUGGAACAUCUCAUUGUUUUACAAAGGAUGAAUUCAACUCCACCGUGCAACUCGUUUUCUGGAGAUGUAUUUGCGCUUGUAUUUAUCUCAUUCAGGUUGUCGCCGACGGUGAGAAUCACUUCAAAGGCAAAACUUACAAUGUUGUGGAAAUUCUGUCCCCCAGUAGUCUUUAUUAAAUGUGAAGUUUGCAUUAUAUAUCCGAUGGCGUACAUUAUAGGCUAAAAAAAUUAAUGUGAUGUCGGACCUAUAUUAUCAGCUAUUAACCUUCGGGGUUUCCAUUAUGUUAGACACUGUCAUGGUAAGACCUGACCGCGUUGUGUGAGUUAGCGUUUAAGGUGAACGUGUCAAAUACAGCAUUCUGAAUUGGGUUUAAAACCGCAUGACUUGCAAAACUUUGCACGAGCUAGCCAGGAGUUGAACCGAGAAGCUUCUGAUCUGUAGUCAGACCCGUUAUCCAUUGCUCCACAAAGGUAUUGGGCCCUCUGUAACCCCCUGUGGAGUAUUUUCACUGUUCCACAAGCAAACUUCAGCAGCACUAAAGAAAGUCACUGCAGGGUCGCAUUCCUGUCGUGACCCGGAUUUGAACCAGGGUUGCUGCGGCCACAACACAGAGUAUUAACCACUAUGCAAUCACAGGUUGGGUUGGUGGAACCUGGUGCGAAAGUUGUCUGUCUAAAGAUGCUCCUGUUCCAUUUAAAUUUGCUCCCAGAAAAUUUAUUUCACUCCCAAAUCAUUCUCUGCUGCCUUAACACUAAUUUCAGUCCUUUCUGUUUUACUGUGAUUUCCACACCAUUUAUGACGUACGCCAUAAAGAGAAAAACAUUUUCUGUUGA